AUGUCUGAACCGUCUACGAAUGGAAAUGAGUCGGAUCAUUACUUCUCUGAUGAGGCGAACAUCAUUUGCCUAAGCGACUCCUACAAGUAUCCUCCAGGGACGACGGAGGUUUAUUCCUACUUCGAAAGCCGUGGUGGAAAAUUUUCCGAAACCAUAUUUUUUGGACUGCAGUACAUUUUAAAAAAAUAUCUCGUUGGUUCUGUAAUCACCGAGAGAAAAAUACGUGAAGCUAAGGAACUGAUGCGUGAACAUUUUGGGAGGGAUUUAAUGAACGAGGAUGGUUGGCGUUACAUACUUGAGAAACAUGAUGGGUGUCUGCCCAUCCGUAUUAAGGCUAUUCCUGAGGGCACUGUUAUUCCUGUGCGAAAUGUAUUGUUCACCGUGGAAAAUACAGAUCCUAACUGUUACUGGCUCACAAAUUACCUCGAGACAGUACUCGUUCAAGUUUGGUAUCCGCUCACAGUUGCAACGAAUUCCCUGGAGUUCAAGAAGAUUAUUUUCAGGUAUCUGGAAGCGACAUCAGAUGACUUAUCUCCACUUCCAAUGUUGAUGCACGAUUUUGGUUUUCGUGGUGUGUCUUCAAUCGAGUCUGCAUCAAUCGGCGGAACAGCACAUUUGGUUUGUUUUCGUGGUACGGAUACAAUGGCGGCCCUUUUAUUUGCUAAACGGUACUACAACUGUAAAAUGGCCGGAUUCAGUAUUCCUGCGACAGAACACAGCACAAUAACGGUGUGGCGCGAGGCGGGUGAGAAGGACGCGUACAGGAAUCUGUUGGAAAAGUUUCCGACAGGGUCCGUUGCCUGUGUCUCGGACAGUUACAACAUUUGGAAUGCGUGUGAGAAGAUCUGGGGCGAGGAUCUUCACGAUUUAGUGGUUAGUCGGGAGGGCACUCUGGUCAUCCGGCCGGAUUCGGGUAAUCCCGAAAAGGUGGUGGUGGAGGUGCUGGAAAUUCUUGGCCAAAAGUUUGGCUACAGUCUUAACAGCCUUGGCUUCAAGGUGCUCCCCCCGUAUCUACGUCUCAUUCAGGGUGACGGCGUCAAUCUCGAAAGCCUUGAAAAGAUUCUGGAGAACGUGAUGGCUGCGGGUUGGAGCACCGUCAAUGUUUCCUUCGGUAGCGGCGGUGCUCUGUUGCAGCGCCUCAACCGAGACACUCAAAAAUGCGCCUUCAAGUGCAGCCACGCUGUCAUCAACGGGAAACAGGUUGAUGUUUGCAAGCAUCCAAUCACCGAUCCACAGAAACAUUCCAAGAAGGGUCGUCUUUGCCUCCAACGUUCAGCGUCUCAAAAUGGAUUUGUCACUUUGGAGGAAGGCCAAGGCGAUUUGGAGAAAGACCUCCUUGUGACAGUGUUUGAAAACGGACGCCUUCUGGUGGACUACACCCUCGAAGAGAUUCGCGAGAGGGCGGAACUACCGGCGGUGAAGGCGGUGCUGUCAAAGUCUUACAAUCAUGUGAACGCAGUGACCUUGACAGCGGACGUGCUGGUGUUGGGCCUCUGUUUCUGGAUGCUGGUGUCCAAUUUUUAUCGUUGCGAACCCCUGGGAGUAGAUGCCACAGAUACGCCCACGGCACAAUCGUGCCUAGUCAAACAGACUACUCAAGACCUAAUACUCGACACUGCCGUAAAACUGACUCGCCUAAGAGACGAUGGAUGGACAAAACAUCGGAUGUCAGUUCCUCUUUUUAUGGAUCGUACUUCUCGGAACAGUGAGAACCUCACUCCGUUUGCUCAGGCAUUAGACGAUCACGUGAAUGCAGACGAAAUGGACUAG